AUGGCGCGGUCAAGCAAGACGACACAGUCAAGCCAGAGUGAGAAGACGACUCAGUCAAGCCAUUCAACCAAGAAAACCAAUGUUGUGAACAGGGACGAACUUGUAGAAGAAGAAGUUAUUGAAGAUGGCAAGAAUAUGCAUUUAAUCAGUGUUGUUUUCAAUCAUGGAGGGGAAUUUGUGAGCAUGGGUGACGGGGAUAUGAUAUACAGGGGUGGGGUAACGACACAUGUAACUGACAUUCACAUUGACAACUUUACCAUGAGUUGCGUUAACAAGUUGUUGAAUGAGUGGGGUUACAGUGAAGGCACAUUUAGGGUAUGGACAAAGGUUCCUGAAAUUGAUCCCAACUUUUUCCAAAUUAGGAAAGAUGAUGACUGCUAUGAUGUAGCUGCAUUUUCUUAUGCCAAUGAAGUAGAUGGUGUCAUGUAUGUAGAGCACGAUGUAGUAGAUGUCUCAUUUUCAGUUGUUAGUCCUAGAUGUGUUAAUGAGAUAGCAGUUCAGGAGCAUAGUGAUGAAGAAGGAGUGGAAGGAUUAGGAGAUAGUGAGGAUGAACGUGUCACUGGGUUGGAUGAUGGGUUUGAAGGUGUAGAUGUGUCUGUACCUAGGAAGGAAGCUCCUUCCCUAUCAGAUGUUAUGAGGGGUUCAGAAAAGAAAGAAAUGGAAGAUGGAGAUGAAUAUGUUACUGAUGAGUUGGACAGCUCAGACCCUGAUUUAUCAGAUGAGGACAAAGGUCACAAGUUUGAAAAGUUCAAAAAGGAGCAUUUUAAUAAGAAUUUUAAAUUUGAGUGGGGUAUGGAAUUUAAUUCCCUUGAUGAGUUUAGAGAAGCUAUACGUGAGUGGUCAGUAUUAAAUGGUAGGGAAAUAAAGUUUGUGAAAAACGAGAGCUACAGGGUUAGGGUGGAAUGUAGGGCCAAAUGUGGGUUUUUAAUACUUUGUUCAAAGGUGGGCCACAAACAUACUUUUGCUAUAAAAACAAUAGUUGAUAAGCACACAUGUGCUAGGGUUCUAGACAUUAGAUCUGCAAGCUCAAGGUGGGUGGCCAAAGCUGUUGUAAAAAAGAUGCAAACAUCACAAAGUGUUAGGAUUACUGACAUUAUUCAAGACUUGAGGCAUAAUUUUUCUGUGGGCAUCACUGUUGCAAGGGCAUGGAAGGCAAAGCUCAUAGCCAAGAGGAUACUUGAGGGAGAUGCAGAUAGGCAAUAUGCUGAUUUAAGGAGACCUAGUCCAACCAUACAACCAAGAUUUGGAUCCUUUUACUUUUGUUUUGAUGGUUGCAAAAAGGGGUUCAGUAAUGGCUGCAGACCCUUCAUUGGGGUAGAUGGGUGUCACUUGAAAACAAAAUAUGGUGGUCAGUUGCUAAUUGCUGUGGGUAGGGACCCCAAUGACCAGUAUUUCCCUCUAGCAUUUGGAGUUGUUGAAAUAGAGAACAAGGAAACUUGGAAAUGGUUUAUUGAUUUGCUGAUGGGUGACAUUGGGCAGGACAACAGAUAUGUGUUUAUAUCUGACCAACAAAAGGGGCUGGUUUCAGUUUUUGAAGACAUGGGUGAAAGGGUGGAACACAGACUGUGUUUGAGACAUUUAUAUGCUAACUUCAAAAAGAAAUUUGGUGGAGGAGCAUUGAUAAGGGACUUGAUGAUGGGGGCAGCAAAAUCAACAUACUACCAAGGAUGGCUGACAAAGAUGAAUGAGUUAAAAGAACUUGAUCCAAAAGCAUGGAGUUGGCUUAUGGGAGUUCAACCAAAAAGCUGGUGUAAGCAUGCCUUUAAUUUUUUCCCAAAAUGUGAUGUUCUAAUGAACAACAUUUCUGAAUCUUUCAAUGCAACAAUAUUAGAUGCUAGGGAUAAGCCAAUUCUGACCAUGUGUGAAUGGAUCAGAAAGUAUUUAAUGAAUAGGUGCUCAACAUCUGCUUUGAAGUUAGAAAAAUGGCCACAUAAGGUCAUGCCCAUACCUAGGAAAAGAUUAGACAAGGAGGUUGCAUUGAGUGCUCAUUGGCUGCCUACUUGGGCAAUGAAUGAACAGUUUCAGGUCACACAUUCUUUCAAUACCCAAGAGUUUAUAGUGGAUAUUUCAAAAAAGUCAUGCAGUUGUAACUUUUGGGAGCUGGUGGGCAUUCCCUGUAGGCAUGCUGUAGCAGCAUUGGGAUUUAGACAACAAAAUCCUGAGGAUUUUGUGGAUGAGUGUUACUCUAGAGAGAGGUAUAAGUUGUGUUAUAAUUAUGCUAUUAGUCCCAUUAAUGGCCGGGAUAUGUGGCCUGAAGUAGAAUCGGAUGAAUUGUUGCCACCAAUCUUUAAAAAGGGUCCAGGGAGGCCUAGAAAGCUCAGGAUUAGAGAGACUGGUGAGGAUGGGGCUAGAAGAAGGUUGCCAGGAGUCUCUUACAGAUGUACAACAUGUGAUAAGUUUGGGCAUAAUGCACAGACUUGUAAAAGCUCAGUUCAGGAUGAAAAUGCUCUUAAGAGAAAGAAAAAGGUGAAGACAACUGAAUCAACUGAAACAACUCAGCAUGCAGAUGGUGAAGGUUCUACUCAAAAUGCUGUAAACCAUGAUGCAACACAGGCAAGUGUAGUUUUCCCUACUGAUGCAACACAGGCAAGUGGAGGUGACCCUACUGAUGCAACACAGGCAAGUGGAGUUGAACAUACUGAUGCAACACAGGCAAGUGAAGUUAUCCCAACUGAUCCAGCUCAGACUGAUUAUUUUGAUGGGAUUUCUGAUGAUAUCAUAACAAGCCUACCAAACAUCACCACUGCACAGAAUUACAAAGAGGCCACCAAGAAAAAGAAAGCAGUGAAAGAGCUCAAGCCAAUGAGAAAGAGGUCAAGUGAAAGAAUCAAGAUAAAUUGGUUUAAAAAACCAAAACCAUUUACAGGGCCAGGAUCCAAUAGUGACCAACCAAUGUCAUUGACAGAUGAAGAGGAGGGUAGUGGAUCAAAGAAGUCAAACAAGAAAGCAAAGAAAUAG